UGUUAACACAUCCGUGAUCUGUACAGUAUUCUGACUCUGUGUAUGUAAUAAAAUACAGCAAAAGUCCGAACCACGACCCGGAUCCGAAACAGUGCGAGAGCUUCGUUUUCCGAUCCGAUACGCCUGCUGGAGAAUAGAGAUUCCAUUCUUCGAGAUCUUCAGGACAGACUUUGGAGAGAGGUAAUGAUGGGGGCUGGUGCUAACGUGAGCGAUGUGCUGCUUUUAGUAUUAUUGUGUGUUCUACAGGGGUGCCAGGCCGUGUGGUUGAGUUUGCCGGCGAGUGGGACCAAGUGCGUAUCCGAGGAAAUCCAGAACAACGUCGUCGUGUUGGCGGAUUACGUCGUCAUUUCUGAUGACCAUGCCCAUCCCAUCCCCACCAUUUCCGCAAAGGUCACUUCGCCAUAUGGCAAUACUCUCCAUAAUCAGCAAAAUGUCACACACGGUCAAUUUGCAUUUACAACUACCGAGGGUGGAAAUUAUCUGGCUUGCUUCUGGGUUGAUGGCCAGAAAACAGGAAAUGCAGAGAUAAGCGUUAACAUUGAUUGGAAGACAGGCAUUGCAGCAAAGGAUUGGGAAUCAGUUGCUAGAAAGGAGAAACUUGAGGGUGUUGAGUUUGAGCUAAGAAAGCUUGAAGGAGCAGUGGAGGCCAUCCAUGAAAAUCUUUUGUAUCUUAAAAGCAGAGAAGCUGAGAUGAGAACUGUGAGCGAAAAAACAAAUGCUCGGGUGGCUUGGUUCAGUAUCAUGUCAUUGGGAGUAUGCAUUCUGGUUUCUAUUGCCCAGAUAUGGCACUUAAAGCGAUAUUUCCAAAAGAAAAAGCUAAUCUAGAUUUGUUCGAUUUACUUGUAUUUUGUGACGCCAGCUUAAAUCUUAGGACUUUUUGCCUCUUGAAUAUAUUCUCAUUCACCAGGAUGAAUUUUUUACACACACUUUUACUGUUUGAGAUAAUGAGAGAAACAUUUCCUGUUUUCUUUAAA